AGUUAUCGACCGAACGCCAUCCGAAACGGCUGCUCUAACGGAAAUCCUCUGGUGUUGAAAAUCGAAAAUCGCUUAACAGCACACAUAUAUAUAUAUAUACUGAUAACGCGAAUUUAAGCACAUUAAAAACGCUACCAAAUCUCGUUACAAACUAAACAGAAAAUAUUUCGGUGAAAAAAGCAAAUAAAAACUAAUAAAAAGGCAGUCAACUGCAGCCGCGCAGGAAGACCAUCAAAUUCCCUAAGCCAAAUAGAAGCGCAAACGCGGACUAGUCCGACACGCGCACACAACAAAAUACUGUUAAAAUUCACGCUCAAUCUGAUAAUCAGCGACUAACAGCACCAACGGACGGACAGACAGACGGCCAGUUGCGCUUCUCUGCGACGCCGCGCACGCCGCUCCUGCGCCUACCGCCAGCUACCUAGUACGCCAGUUGUUAGGUGCGUUUAUGCAUAGAAAACAACACAACAAAAGUGAAAUUUUACUCAAUGAAUUGUCAACGAGGCAAAACAACAAUAACAGCAACGGCAAAAAGUCCACUUAAACAGCGGCAAUAAUUUCACGCAUUUGAGUGCAUCAAAUACAUAUAAAUAAUAUACAACCAAGCAUAUAAACAAAUAAGUAAAUUUCAGCAACGAAAAAAAUUAAUUUUAAACUGAUAGCGAGUCAAAAGGAUGCACCACCAAGCGUGUGCUUGCAUGUUUGUAUGUAUGUAUGUGUGUGCAUAAGUAAGUGCUAGCUCGCUUAAUUGAGUGUGAAAAUACAUGCAUAAAGCAAAACAAGUGAGAAAAAAGUGCAAAGUAAAUGAAGAUAUUUGAAAUUUGUUGAAAAAAGUCUUUACGAAGUGUAAAAGUGCGAAAUUGCUUGGUAAAACAGGACAAUAAAAAGCCAAGGAAACAGAUAAGCGAAGGAAAAUUGUUGGGAUAUUUGAAUAGUUUAUGAUCCCCUGACAGCAAUGAUUACCGAUCGCAACAAAUUCAAUUUUGUUACGAUAUGCAUUGGUUUAAGCUUCCUGCUCACCAGCGCAAGCGUGGCGUCCGCGCAAGCAACGAGCAAUGCGCAGCAGGAGACAAAUCAACAGCAGCAGCUGCAAACACUUGAGCAAAAGCAGGCGGCUAUCGCGACGAUAACAGUGGUGGACAAUAACAAAGAUGAAAAGACGAAUGCGAUUUUAAAUGAGCCAAUAAACGAUGUGGCGCACGCAUUCAGCCCGCGCUUGGAUUACAGCAACGAAUGGCGACCUGUGGGCCGUGGUGAUCCACUGAAAAACGAUCCAACAUUCGAUUACAGCCCGCCAACGCUGGAACAUGUACGCUACUGGGCGGAGACAACCACAAAGGAUGGUGUCAACAGCAAAGAGGAGAGCGACAGCGGCAAGCAGGAUAUAAAUAGCGUGCGCUUUGCUGCCCACGCAGGCCACCAGGACAUUCUCAAGCUCGGCAUGCCGAAUGAACACUUACGAGGCAGUAACGGUGUCAUACAUGCAACGUCGCAUGCACCACAACAACAUGCGCAUAUGCAUCAACAUGCGAUUAUGCCACACCAGCACUACCAUCAAUCCCACCAUCCGGGCGCCGUUAAAAAUGCAAAAGGUGAAAUACCGCUAGUACAACCGAAAUACACCUCAGUGCGUCGCAGUUAUUAUGCACAACAACCACCGACACGUCUAAUGCCACCACCCAUGCAGGCGAACUCACCGCCAAUCAAUACUUUCAAUGUACCCAUGAAACCCUCGCAAGCGCAUACGGAGUAUAGGCAUAGCAUGUCGGCGGCGCCCCUACCGCAUACUCCUACAAUGUCCAGCAUGGGACCAUCCUCGUCAUCUUUGUCGCCGCACGCAAUGCAACAUAUAAAGACACAGCACCAUCCAAGCAUGUCUACAACGGCUUCAUCCUCAUCGUGGAUGUAUCAUGCACCGCCUACCAUGCAUCACCAUCAUCAGCAGCCUCAACAUCAUCACUAUGCUAUGUCCAGCGGUUCGGCAGCUGUUAUACCAACGUCGGCACAAUCAUCGCGUAUGCCAAUUUCACACGCUUACGACUCUCAUCCGCAGGACUCCCAUCACUACUUCAGCUACGCCCGUCCCAGCUCGAAUAGCAUCACUUCGCAUUCACCACAGGAAUCUUACACUGCCAAUUCCGUACGCUACAGUCCGAACAGUUUAAAGCAAAACGGUGCAGGACGCAAGCCAUGGUUGCAUGAACUCUUACAAAAGGAGAUCAUAAAAACAUCAGUCAAGCCUAACUAUUCAACUUCCGGCAACAAGUAUGCCUACGAGACUACAAAGCCCAUUUAUGAGCGCAUGCCAUCCACCAAUGCAAUAAACGGUGGUUUCACACCAAUAACACCGAUUACAUACGUCUCAGCGCCUCCAACUGUAGCUUCCACGACGACCAAAACAACAAUAGUGCCAUCAACACCAUCAACAAUUGCUAUCACACCCAGCGUUUUCUAUCCAACUAUCAGCCCUACACUGGCGCCACAUACCCCCAGCAGCACUACGCAUGUCAUUUACACUACGCCAACAACAACGACGACACCGCGCAGUACUACGUCGACGACUUCUUCACGCCUACUGAUACCAACCACCAGCAAUUUGGCAUCCCGACCGACUGUGGCACCAAUGCAAAUGACUACGGACUCCUUAUUUUCACACUACAAACAACCCGAAGCGCCACUCAGAGGUCCUAUGUACCUAAUUAUUGAAGGUCACUCGAAAGUGAAGAAAUAUGGCAAGAAUGGUAUCAACUUAAAUCUACCGAAAAUAGUCCCUGUCAUACCAAAACGUGAACCUGUCGUACGUAUAGCGGAACCGGGUGAGGAGAAGCGUGGCACCCCCGAGACCUUCCAUGUAGAACACCUGCAUGUAAAGACCUCGACCACGACGACGACAACAACAACAACAGCAAAGCCUUCAACGACACCGAAAUCUGUGACGACAGCCAAGCCUCCGACGAGCACAACAGCGAAACCUACGAAAGCUGCGCCAACAAUAAAAGUCACAUCAACAACUUCGAAGCCUGUAGUGACCACCAAAUCUAAUACAACCACUAAUUCCGCUAAAACAACAUCGAAACCAGUGACAUCAACGACCACAACAGCACGACCCACAGCAACCACUGUAUCUUCUAAAGUCAUCAGCACAACAGCCGCAGCAGUUACAACAAAAGCAACAACCAAAAGUACUGUUAAAUCUGAAAACUUCAAGCCAACACCAUCGCCAGCUGUUGCAAGGCCUACACAAAGUGAGCCACUGCUAAAGCUUGAGCUGCCUAAUGAGCCACCAACUGGCAUGUCGGGAUUACUGAGCCUACUUGACUCCUCGCUAGGCGGACUCUUUGCCGAGCAGCCAUUAGAUUCAAUUGAAAUGCCCGCGUCACCAACGCAAGCAAAACAAACGGCAUCCAUGAAGACUGCGAUGAUGAGCAUACCCAACACUGUUUUGAAGGCAGUCAAUACCGCCGCUACCACGACAACUGCCACACAAUCUGUGGUAGUACCUGUCGUACCGGAUGCACGCAUUGGCACUAACGCCGGCCGCAUUGAUGCCGCCGCCGACACCUUUGGUUCGGGGUCGGCAGAGUUUAGCUUCACCACAGAUAUGCCGCCGCGUGAGGUGCGCCAAGUAUUCGAUUAUGAUCAGCGCCCGGAAUCACGUCUUAAGGAUUUCAUAAUUGGGGGCUUCGAUGGCGACGCAACGGAUGAUGAGGGAGCGUCAUCAGCUUUCUACGAUGAUGAAUUCGAGGAGUACGAAGGAGAGGGCACAAACAAUAGUGCAAAUGGCGAACAGCCAAUUAAGCGUAUGGAUCGAUUUGUCGAUGGCGAAGAGGGUGAGUUUGUGGGCGAUUACGAGGAUGUAGAUUUGGAGGAGUUGGGUAUGAGUGAUGUGGCGCCAUCUGCAAAAUCAACAAUACUUGUGCGCACACAAGCGAAAAUGGCGUAGACGUGCCCGCCAGAUGCUAAGGGCGCUUAAAUACACGCCGCUACAGCCAAUGCGAAAAUGCUGAACUCUUCACCUUUCGAUGAGACCAAAACUAAACGCUUGCAUUCGCGUAUCUCUGUAGACGCCGUUGCCGUUGUUUGGCGCAGCAUUUCAGUCAUUCAGACGUACAGUCAAACCAUUUUAAUAUUAUAUGUACGUAAUUUGGAAAAUUCAGUUGCAUUUAGGAAUUUUUACACUCUACGUACUGCUCUACACCAAAUCUAUUUUUUAAAACUUGUAUUUUAGACACAACUUUUUGCUAAGCGUCUGCGUUUGUUUUUCUCCGAGUAAAUUUUAGUGUAUGUACAUAACACAGCUUUAUUUAUGUAUUUUGUAUUGUAUUUAUUUAUUUAUGGCAAAGAUUUACUCACUUACUACGCUUAAGUUUCGUCGCGAUUAUUUUGUGACUCAAUAUUUAUUUGAAUGUCUGUUUAGAUUUUAAGCUUAAUUAUUUUGUAUUCUUUGCUGUCAUCUUUAUUUAUAAGGUUUUCAAAAAC